UAAUCGAUACGCCCUGCUCAGGGCAGCUAGACUUUCUUUCCGUCGGCAGCCAUCAGCGGGUGAAGAUGUUUCCACCGGUGCUCCUGGUCCUGUCUUAUGUGCUCACUGUGUAUGGAAAUCUGGAAGGCCCGUUCCUGUUCUUCGGGCCCGAAUCGCUAGAAAAAUAUAAGAGGCCGGCCUUGAAGAAUUUGGACCAAGAUGACUUAAUGCGUAUAUACGGGGAGGAGGCGGCGAUCGUGGUGUUCAACAACCAGGAUUCGGUGCCGCUGGCCAGCGGGAACUUCCCACGGCUGCGGAAGAUGCUGGAGGGCCUGACGACCCUGGUGCUGCCUCAAGACUUCCUCGACGUCCAUCCGGACUACAUCAGCAAUGAGACUCAGAUGCUGACGCUGCAGGGCCCGUGGUCGGAGCGCGACGCGCAGAUGACGGAGACCUUCGCGCGGCUGCAGGACAUCUACGGCAGCGGCAGGGUCUUGGGCAUCUUAGGCAACUCGGUCUCCCAGGGUCCUUCCCUGGAGUACUCGGAGCCGGGGUCAUGGGCACGCGCGCGCCGUGAGGCCGACGCGAGCGCCGAGCCGCCCGCUGACGACGAGAAGCCGCCCAAGGUGCUCCAGCGAUUCGCGCUGUAUAACGCCACUGGUCCUCCCGGUCGCAGCGCUCUUCUCUACUCGACCGGCUGGCCCGAGAUCCGCUGGGCCAACGGCUCCGUGACAGUCCUGGACACGCCAGUCGGGGAGCCCACCGUGAAGCCCACCCGACUGUACACCAUCCUCGUGGUCCGUUUCGCUGACGGAGACUCCAGGGAUAAGAUCACCCUCGAGUUCAGCUUCAAGCAGAGCGCGGGCUGGUGGCAGGCGGUGGGCGUGGAGGUCAAGUUCGGGGUGGAGCCCACUGGCCUCAACCUCAAGGCUCCCUCGCCGCCCGACGCGCCGUCAGCCGUGUUGGGCCAUUCGUACGAGUGCUCGCUCCCACUGGAGUACUCCUCGGAGGAGGCUACGUUGCUCUUCCCUGAUGUUUUGAUGCAACCGUUUAUGGACAACACUGAAAAGUUUUCGGAUGCUUUUAACUGCAUCGGAUUCACAACCGUUCCUAUUUGGUGUGACGACUACAACCACCGUUACAUGAAAACUCUACCAGUAAAGAAGCAGUUCCCGGAGGAGCCGACCUUCUUCGGAAAAAUGCUGCAAAAAAUCAAAAAGGCUUUGUGUGAGUGGGCGUGUGGCAGGCAGCAAGAGACCAUGUCUGGUCUCUUCGUGAGCUCCAUGCUCAUUGCUGGCCUGGUGGUGUCCAUCUCCAUGAUCCUGGACAUCAAGACCAUGGACCGCUUCGAGAACAACCGGAGCAAGCAACUCACCAUCACCGUUAGCGAAUGACUUCACCAAUUUUUACCAAUAUCCAUUAAUGUUGUUGUCUAUGUCUAUUCGUAGCAGGUAAGUUUAAAUAGUUAUUAAGGGAUUUUGUAAAAUUUAUUGAGGUGGUCAGUAAGCUGUUCAGAUUCUGUGACAGGAUCUCUUAGAUUUGUAAUUAAUCAAUGGGUGCGUUUGGCGGAAAAAAAGCGUUUGGAAGCGCUUGUAAGCUAAAUGGCGACCGCUACGGUGGCUUCAGGAUCAUUGGAUUCAUUAAUGUUUAUUGAUUAAUUCAGUAAUGAUUCUUUCGGUUAAGUUUUGACAUUAAUUUGUAAUUUUAUAAUUUAUGACAUUGGCUAUUAUUUUGUUUGUAUUUGAUAAUUAGAAAGAUUGACAUUGACAUAGACAACUUUGUAAUACCAAUUGAUUUAGAUUUUUAUACAAAUUUGUUAAGAAUUCGUAUGCCUAUACGGCAGAUCAUAGUGGAACCUACUAACCCCUAACAACUUUGUACCUAUGAUAAUGACGAAUAAAUUUCAUUUUCAUUUCCA